UUCUCUAUGUGAAAUGCUUCAACGAAAAUGAACGGCUCGUGAAAUCCUUCAAAAGUUUUCCUAUUUUUUAUAUUUUUUAAUUUUAAAAGUUCCCUGUAAGUGUUACACUUCGUGUGAUUUCAAUUGUUCCAUCGUAGUAUCGUACAUAUUUGUAAACCAAUAUUUUGUGUCCGUAACCGGAUGCUCGCAUUUAAUAAUGUUUAGAAAGUUCAUCGACAUUGGUGCCAAUCUGACGGAUCCUAUGUAUGAAGGGUUGUAUCGGGGAUCACAAAAACAUCAGGCAGAUCUAAAGAACGUUUUGGAACGUGCAUGGUCAAACGGGCUGGACAAAAUCAUCAUCACUGGAGGAAGUUUAGAAGAAAGUCAUUCUGCUCACAAACUUGCACUCUCUGAUGUGUUGGUUGGCGACACAAAAAUGUGCCAGAUAAACUAAGUUUGGAAAUAACUUCAGAGUUGGUCUGCUCCAGUGAACAAACCAGCAUACAGAAAUGCCUUCAGCAACUGGUAACGCGUCGACUGUCGGCAACACAGUGUCCUCCGGGCAGUCACUAACAAGUCCGUCCUCAGGAAAUAACCAGGGCACUCUCGUGCGGCUCAGCAACGAAGAAUGCGGUAUCAAAGAUGUCUGGGCAUACAACAUGUACGAUGAAUUCCGAACGAUCCGUCAGAUUGUCAGCAAGUACAAGUAUGUCGCAAUGGACACAGAAUUCCCAGGCGUUGUUGCCCGACCCUACGGUGACUUCAAGAGCAAUGCAGACUUCCAGUACCAACUCCUAAAAUGCAACGUUGAUCUAUUGCGAAUAAUUCAGCUUGGACUGACCUUCCUGGACGAGGAAGGUAAGACAAUCAAUGGACCCUACACAACGUGGCAGUUCAACUUCAAAUUCAAUCUCUCCGAAGACAUGUACGCCCAAGACAGUAUCGACUUGCUCCAGAACUCAGGUAUCCAGUUCAAAAAACACGAAGAAGAAGGCAUCAAUCCUGUCGACUUUGCAGUCCUUCUCAUGACUUCUGGAAUUGUUCUGAUGGACAACGUUAAAUUUUUGUCCUUCCAUUCAGGCUAUGACUUUGGGUAUCUCUUGAAACUCCUAACAAAUGAGAAACUACCCCAAGAGGAGUCUGAGUUCUUUGAUAUUCUCCGUACGUACUUUCCAGUUGUUUACGAUGUCAAGUACCUAAUGAAAAGUUGCAAGAACUUGAAAGGCGGUUUGCAAGAGGUUGCGGAUCAGUUAGAACUUGCACGGAUAGGACCUCAGCACCAAGCUGGCAGUGAUUCGCUGCUGACAGGCAUGGCUUUUUUCAAGAUGCGUGAGAUGUUCUUCGAAGACAACAUAGAUGAUGCCAAGUAUUGUGGACAUUUGUACGGCCUAGGAACCUCUUUCAUCGUGAAUGGAAACAACAGUAACAGCAAUCCUGCCAGCACAAACGCCACCACGAAUAGCAGUAAUUCAAAUUCAAGCAGUGCGACUACUAAUGCAAACUCGGGAUCAGCAAAUGCUACGAACACUAAUGAAAGUGGAGACAGUAAUAACACUUCAUAAGGGAAUUCAGUGCUGCCUCUCAGUAAUUUUUUUCUUUUUUUAAUGUUUUGUCAGAAAAUGUGAAGAAGUGUCGUGAAUGCAGCCCCGAUUUGUUAUUUAUUUAUUUUAAGGUAUUUGUAAGUAUGUUAAAAACCAUUUUGUACUUUUAUUACGAUUUUUACUGUAACAGCUCUGUUGGCUGUUAGAUCAACUAUUUUUCGCUAGGAAUGAAUCUACAUUAUGUGCUGUAAAAUGUAAAGAUAAUUAGUCAAUCUUCUUUCAUCAAGAGGGUCAUCAAUUUUGUAAAAAAAAAGAAAGAAAAAAAAAUUACUUUUGAGAAAAAUUUGGGUAACAUUGUUGGCAUUAUUCAUGUUUUUAAUAUCUGUGAGUCCUGUAAUUAAGUCCUCUAAGCACACCAUUAGUCCUCAAAUCUUGAGGAGAAGGUAAAUGUUCUUUAAAAAUUUCCAGGACAAAAUUUUGAUCAGAAUUUAUAUCCUUUAUGAAAAAAAUAGAUUUUUUCUUCAUUUUUUCAAAACCCCAGAGCCAUUUUCUUUUACUUGUUCUCCAAUUAUUGCAAAGAAAUCGAUAUCCAUUUUUAUUUUUCAGCUAUUACUCUGUUCAUUACAAUAUUUUUUUUGUUUUUCCAUCAGAAGAAAUUAUCACUGAAAAGGUUUUUUCGUUUAAGAUAUUUACCAAAAAUAAAUGAAUUGUGAAAGAAUGUUCUCAAGCGAAA